CACUGCUUCUUCCAUUCACUAGCUUAGAGUAUUGCUCAUAAACUCUCCGAAACCGAUACUUCCAAUAUAAGUUGUAUUUUACGAUAUUUCAGAAGCGGAACAGAAGUGCUCACACUUAGCAUCACUAUACCCUUUAUCUGGUACCAUGAAUCAUCAAAAUCCGCACGACAGUCUUUCCAUCAAGUACCUCAAUCAAGGGCUGGUCGUUUCACCAACAAACACGAUCCAUUCAACCCCUCUCAAUGUCAACUGUCCUUACCACUCUGCCAUCCUCCAACUGGCCCCAACCCACCCCAAACCUGAAGGUUCAAAGCCUUUACAGCGACUCGAGUGUAUGCCACCGGCGGGCUUUUCGCAGGACUUCCGCGUUGGUACAUCCGCCUCUGGCGGCUGCACUUGCGGACACAUGAUACGGGCCGAUAUGGUGGAUAUCUCUCGCGAGCUCGAAGCUAUUGUAGAACAAUCAGCCAACAAAGCGACAGUGACAACCCCGAAUCGGCGAUAAGUGUGUGGGCCUUGCAGUAAGGCGUCCUGACCUAGCAUUUCCUUCACUCCGAGAAAAGCAAGUGCAGAUCGCUACAUAGCUUCACCGCUUGCAGGUCGAUUUCAAUAAUUUCUUCGUCUCUCCAAUCAUGUCCCUGUUAGGUACUCGGCACGGUGCAUUUCAACGCUAAACCUGUAUAUUACUUCCUACUGUUACUUUUGUUACUAAUUUGCAAACUUCUAAUGACGAUCGUUCGCCAUUCGCUUCUCGAAACCAAUACAAUCCUUCCUGUCUGCUCCUCCGAGCCAGACCGUCUCC